AUGCCCCUGUCCACGAGAUCUGCAAUUUCGUAUAUUGUCUAUCGAUAUUGUGUCCACGAUAUCCCCUCGCUGAUGCAGACCUCGGGAUCCAACGCUCGCCCACGGCAACCGCCGCGAGAAGGGGAUGACGAGACGACACUUGGUGAAGAAGAGGCAUCGGGGUGGAUAGCGUGCACCACGGAUAGUAUUUUGGCCAUGAAAGAUACCCUCUGGGAUAUGUUGAUCACCAUGCCCCCUUCCUUCUCGACUAAUGCAAAAUCAAAGGCUUGGCCAACCGUAGAAUACCCGGGCCGGAAGCCGGUCAGGGCCACGCAGCGUGACCUGAGGCGUUUCCGCUCGCUCAAGGCUGGUCUUGCGCGAUUAGACGUGGCACCCGCGAGACCAUGUUCUCGCGCAACGACGAGCUCGCAGUCAUCAGCCGAUCAUGCAUCUGCCCCGAACCCUAGUAACGCCACGCCGGUUAGUGAUGAAUGUGACGAGGCACUUGACAAGAUCGUCCAGCCUCCUACUUGGGCCGAACUAGCUUAUGGCGGCUUCAUGUGGUGGGCCAGUGCUGGCGAGCAGCACCGCAGUUAUGAACAUGACGAAGCAAUUCACGACGCGUCGCUCCUCGCGGACUGGGCCCCCUCCUACCACCCCUUCGGCGGCAACGACGCCAGCAUCGCCAGGCCUCUCUCAGGACCCAAUGACGGCCUCAGUCCCCUCGACGAUGACUCUGAGAGCGGCAGCGGGGAGGUCCGCCUUCUGCCUGCUGAAGGCGACGAUGAGGGCAUACCAACCAGAAUUGACAGCACCGCAUUUGAGCUCAUGGGUCUUGACGUUUGGAAUCCGUCUGAUGCCGAGUUUAUCAAGGAGCUUGCUAGCAUAUACUUUAAUCGGUCCGUUCGUAUUGAAGGGAAAGGGAUUGAGUAUGACGCGCGCCAUCCGUGGUCCAAUCUGACGUUCAUCAGCCAGAAGUGGACCGGAUCUAUUAUUCUUCAGCACGCAACUGGUAUUUUUCUUCUGAUGGGAUCGUGGAGCUCGUGGUUCUCGAGGCCCGCCCAGCGACUUCAGGUUUAUCUUUCUAAUCUGUUCUCGUAA